AUGCCCCCUGGGCCGCAGCCUGGGCUGCGGGAGAGCCCAUCGGGUCCCUGUUCCCAGCCAAGUUUGGGCUGGAUCUCGGCCAGCUUGGGGGGAAGACCAGGAUGUGGGUCCAACCUGCCCGUCACUCAAGCCUCCUCUCUGGCUUGUGGCUGGUGCUGCUGCCAGAAAGUAGGCAGCACCCUCCUUUGGGGGCCAGGGAGCAGGGUUGGGGCCCCUGGAUCCCGCCGUCUCCCCACUGCAGGCUGCCUGGGGGCAGAGGGCCGGUUGGCGCACCAGCUGCUCCGGGAUCUGUUCGCCAACUACACCAGCGCUCUGCGGCCCGUGGCGGACACGGACCACACCCUGAACGUGACCCUGGAGGUCACUCUGUCCCAGAUCAUCGACAUGGAUGAGCGGAACCAGGUGCUGACUCUGUACCUGUGGAUCCGCCAGGAGUGGGGAGACGCCCACCUGCGCUGGGCCCCGGAGGACUAUGGGGGCAUCGAUUCCAUCCGCAUUCCCAGCAGCCUGGUCUGGCGCCCAGACAUCGUGCUCUACAACAAGGCGGACACAAAGGAGUCAGGCCCGGCGGACACCAACGUGGUCCUGGGCCACGACGGGCAGGUCAGGUGGGACGCCCCGGCCAUCACCCGCAGCUCCUGCCGCGUGGAUGUGGCCCUGUUCCCCUUCGACCGGCAACGCUGCCGCCUGACCUUCGGCUCCUGGACCCACAGCGGCCACCACGUGGACGUGCGGGCCCGGGGCGCCUCGGCCAGGCUGGACGACUUCGUGGAGAACGUGGAGUGGCGGGUGCUGUCCAUGGCGGCCCAUCGCAGCGUGGUCACCUACGGCUGCUGCUCGGAGCCGUACCCGGACGUCACCUACACCCUGCAGCUGCAGCGCCGCGCCGCCUUCUACGUCAGCAACCUGCUCCUGCCAUGCGUGCUCAUCUCCCUGCUGGCGCCGCUCGCCUUCCUACUGCCCGCCGCCUCCGGGGAGAAGGUCUCCCUGGGCGUCACCGUGCUGCUGGCCCUCACCGUCUUCCAGCUGCUCGUGGCCGAGACCAUGCCGCCCGCCGAGAGCGUGCCGCUCAUUGGGAAGUACUACAUCGUCACCAUGACCAUGGUCACGGCCUCCACGGCGCUCACCAUCUUCAUCAUGAACCUGCACUACUGCGGGCCUGGGGCCCGGCCGGUGCCAGCCUGGGCCCGUGCCCUGAUCCUGGACCGCCUGGCCCGGCUGUUGUGCAUGCGUGAGCCCGAGGGCGACCCCAGUGAGCCCCAGUCGGCCCGGGACCCCGAAACGGUGGGGGCGGGAGGGCAGGGACCAUGUGGACAGCCACACUGCCCCUGUCAUCAGGUGGAUGUCCGGCGCCAUGUAGCCGACAUCGCCCGCUGCUUCCGCAGCCACCAGGUGGCACAGAGACGCAGCAGGGAGUGGCGGCGGGUGGCCAGGGUGGUGGACCGCUUCUUCAUGUGGGUCUUUUCGGCCAUGGUCCUGGCCAUGAGCCUGCUCGUCUUGGGCCGAGGCUUGUGACUCCAAGGGGGCUGGGGGAUCACGGGGCCGCGCUCUCCCCAGCCCUUUCUCUAGCCACCCCACCCCAACAUUGCAAACUGCAAAGACCCCUGGGUUUCCCCCUGCCCCCCAAUUAUCUAGGGAAAGAACUUGGAAAUCAAAAGCACAGCCCACCAGACCCUCUGGAAGAUGACGUGUUGAGGGCAGAACACCUCCCUCCCCCGCCCUUGGUAUCUGUGUGCCCCCCUCGCCCCUGCUCAUAGCCACCACAGGCUCCUAGUAAAAUCUCUGUGCCCUCACACACGAACAACAAUUCUUGUCUCUGUGUGUGUCUGUGCAUGUCUAGGACCAGGGUCCUCUCCUCCUUUCCCGCUCUGAAGUCCCAGGGUCUAAAUGUGAGGAGCGGAUUCAGGGCCGCCUUUUGCCACAGCCAACUCUCCCAGAACAGGCUAUGGGGCGGAGGUCUUUCCCUCUGGGGUCCCACCACCGCCGGUCGACCCCAGCCCAGGCAGGUCGGGGAGUCCUCCUUGCAUUCUCCAUCUUUCCUGGUGCCGGACCUCAAGUUGGCGGGUUUUGAGAUUGCAAGGGAUGAGGAAGAGCCCAGCCUAGAGGCGGAGGCGUGGGUAGGAUGAUCUCCAGCACGACUCCUCAGUCGGACCCUAACUCUAAGUAAGAAGUGGUAUGAGGGAUUUGGGAAUGUACCGUGUGGCUGACAAGGAGUCCACACCACGGAAGGAGUUUGGAACUGGUUUUAAGGCCUCCUUUGAGACCUGAGGCAGUUCCCUAAUCUAUCCUAAUGGGAUGCAAAGGCUUUUUGCUAUUAACUAAAGGUGUGCUAGGAGGGGACGGCGUUUGUUAUCCGUCCCACUGCUGCACUGCUCAAUCUGCAUGCAGGGAACACUUCAACUAUUCCUGGCCCCUUACCUCAGUGCAGCGCCUCAAACCCAUGGUGGUCCACCAAUGAUGAUGAUGAUGAUGUUGUUUUGUUUGGUUCUGUUCUCUUUUGCUUUGCUGUCUG